AUGGAGGAAUGGAGAUCAAGGGCGUAUGGAGAUGAUAGGAUGCAAAUCGAAGUCUAUAGAGGUGGAGGAGGAGGUAGAGGAGUGGGGAUAGCACCAUAUCCACCAUCAGGGAUGCAUGAUUUGAGGAGCUAUAGUGCAUCCUAUGCAUACUCGCAGCAAGCAAGCCAGCCGCCCAGAGAAAUCAAGCUCAAGAAGGGGAAGAGCGUAUCUGCCUCAUCAUCCUCGUCUUCAGCUCCGAAGAGUAGCUGGAGCUUCAAGGACCCUGAGCUUCAGAGGAAGAAGAGGGUGGCUGGCUAUAAGAUCUAUGCUAUGGAGGGUAGGAUGAAAGGGUCUUUCAGGAAGAGCUUCAGGUGGCUCAAGGAUAGAUACACCCAGGUCGUCAAUGGCUGGUGGUGA